UUUUAAUUUCCCUAAGAAGGAAACUAUUGAAAUAUUGAAAUAUUGAAAUAAAUACUCUUUUUGUAUUUUUCCUUUUCUUUUUUGAUUCGAAAAAGAGUAGACUUUAUUACUUUACAUCCAAUUCAAAAUCUCCUCAAAAUGGUAGACACAAAGAUUUAUCAAGCCAGUACAACGGCUCCAGUUAAUAUCGCAGUAGUCAAGUAAGUAAAGCUACCCCUCUACGCAAUCUCAUUGUUCUUAACUCUAUUGUCCUUCUCAACGCCCUUAAUUAACACAUUCUCUCAUCCACCAGAUAUUGGGGAAAACGUGAUGCAAAGCUAAAUCUCCCAACAAACUCUUCCAUCUCAGUAACCCUAUCCCAAAACGACCUCCGCACCCAUACCACUGCCUCUUGCUCUUCCACCUUCACCGAAGAUACCCUCCUCCUCAAUGGCUCUCCCCAAGAUAUUUCCAAUGCCCGAAGUCAAGCCUGUUUCCGCGAACUUCGCUCCUUACGUUCUGCUCUCGAAGAAUCCGAUUCUUCCCUCCCAAAACUCGCAUCUUAUCCCCUAAAAAUCAUCUCGGAAAACAACUUCCCCACUGCUGCAGGUCUCGCUUCAUCUGCUGCUGGGUUUGCGGCGCUCGUUAGAGCUAUUGCGAACUUGUAUGAGUUGAAAUCCAAUCCUACUGAACUAUCGAGAAUUGCGAGACAGGGCAGUGGUUCUGCUUGUCGUUCUUUGUUUGGUGGUUAUGUGGCUUGGGAGAUGGGCCAGAAAGAAGAUGGAUCUGAUUCUGUUGCUGUGGAAGUGGCGCCCGCUUCCCACUGGCCUACUAUGCGCGCUCUGAUUCUCGUAGUUUCUGCGGAGAAAAAGGGUGUUUCUAGUACCUCUGGUAUGCAAAUCACAGUAGCGACAUCGAAACUUUUUAAACAGAGAGCAGAGAAUGUAGUUCCCGAACAUAUGAAGGAAAUGGAGAAAGCGAUUAAAGAGAAAGAUUUUGAGGGCUUUGCGAAGGUCACCAUGAUGGAUAGUAAUAGUUUCCACGCAACGUGUUUGGAUACAUUCCCACCAAUUUUCUACUUGAAUGAUGUUAGUAGGGCAGCCAUUAGAGCUGUUGAGGAUAUUAACAAAGCGGCUGGAAAGACGGUUGCGGCGUAUACUUUUGAUGCGGGUCCAAAUGCUGUUAUUUAUUUUGAGGAGGAGAACAUUGAGUUGGUGGCUGGUGCGUUGAAGAGUGUGUUGGAGGGUGUAGAUGGAUGGAAUGGAAAGGAGGUAGAAAGCAAGAGCGCGGAGCACAUUGAUGAGAGGGCACAAAAGGUUCUGAAAGAUGGUGUCAGCAGGGUUAUUUUGACUGGUGUUGGCGGUGGUCCUGAGAUGACUGAGAAACAUUUGACUAGUUAAUUUGGAAGUGAGUCCCUAAUAGAAUUGGGAUGAGUUUGGAGGAGGAACGAACAUUAAAUUUGCAAGCGCAUUUGUAAAAGAUAUCCUUUGCAGCUAGUAAAAACAAUACAAUUGAAGCACUAAUAUACAUAUACACCCUC